AUGGCGCCAAACUUUGAGAAGUCGGUCAAGGGGGCUACCAAGAUCAAGCUUGCAGCCCCAAAGUCGAAAUACAUUGAACAUAUCCUUAUAGCCACGCGCAGUGGAGAGGCCGGGGUCGCCGAAAUCUUCCGGACACUGCAGUUUCGACUGCGCGAUUCGACAUGGACAAUUGUCUUUAAAUCACUUAUUGUUCUUCAUCUGAUGAUCCGAGAAGGAGCCGAGUCGGCGGCAUUGGAAUACCUUUCAGAGAACCCCAGAAAGAUCGCCAUCAGCAGUUUUUCAGAAGUCCAAUCGCAAGGCGCAAAUAUCCGGAGAUAUUCCGACUACUUUGUGGCUCGCGCCCGCGCCUUUUCCGAUUCGAAGAUCGACUAUGUACGCAGCGGGCAGGGCCGAUUAAAGCGCCUCACAGUCGACAAGGGCUUGCUGCGCGAGACAGAGGUUGUGCAGAAGCAAAUAAAGGCAUUGCUCAAAUGCGACCUCCUCACGGAUGAAGUCGAAAACGAAAUAACGUUGACUGCCUUUCGGCUUCUGACCCUUGAUCUUCUGGCUCUAUACUCUGUUAUGAAUGAAGGGACAAUCAGUGUUCUUGAAAACUAUUUUGAAAUGUCGCGUCCUGACAGCGAGCGCGCGCUGAAGAUCUACAAGACAUUCGGCGCCCAGACUGAGGAAGUAGUGAAAUUCCUCGGUGUUGCCCGGCAUUUCGAGUAUGCCACGCGCCUAGAAAUCCCAAACCUCAAACAUGCCUCGACCGACCUCGUCCAACUCCUCGAAGACGAUUUGAACGACCCUGACUUUGAUCUACGGCGAACAGAUCAUCGGGUACAGUCUGAUGGGAAGAAAACCGGCCGAAGAGCAUCGGUCAGCAAGUCGCCAGUUGCGUCUAGAAACAAUGCCGCGUCGAGUGCGUUCCCCAGCAGGCCUCAAACAGCACCGGCUCCAAGGGCAGAGACCAAGGCGCCAGGCGGAGAUCUCAUUGACUUUUUUGGAUCAAUUGAACCGAACCCACCGCCAGCAGCUCAACAACAGCCAACCUUCCAGCAAGGCGCGUUUGGCCAGCCCACGUUCCAGGCGCAACCGACUGGCUUUCCGUCACAGCAAACCGGGUUUACUCAACAGCCCCAGACGACAUACUCCCAGCAGCCUGGGUUUGGGGGCGGGUUUCAGCGGCAAGAAACUAACCCUUUUGCGCAAGCUCAACAGCCACAGGCGGCGGCCCCUCCGCAACUACAGUCUCAGCCUACGGGAGCAGGAUUUGGGGGCUACGGUCCGCAGUCAUACGGGUUCCAGAGCACUCUGACUACUCCGAAUGGAGUUGCAAACUUUCCCCAGCAACAACAGCAAGGCGUUGCGAACGGCUUUCAACCACAGAAUAAUUUCCCGCCACAACAAAACAGUUUCCAGUCGCAACAAACCAUUUAUCAACCCCAGCAACCCGCUUUCCAACCCCGGGCAAACAGCCUGGUGCCACAGCGCACCGCGACAAACCCAUUCCGAGCGUCGAUGGUUAUUUCGAGCCAAACCGGCGGCAGUCCUGGCGGCUUCGACCAAGCAGGGCAGGCCCCUAAGCCAUUGAGUCGACAGAAUACCAAUCCGUUUGCCAAGCGACUCUCGGUAGCACCUCCUUCGAACGCACCCCCUGUUCCACAAAUACCGCCCUUUCAGCAGAGCCAGCCCAUGCAGCAGCAGCCUCAGCUCCAGCCCCAGCGCACGGGGACGAACCCUUUUGCCAGACAGUCCAUGGCGCCGCCACAGCAGCAGCAGCAGCAGCAAACGCUGCAGCCCUUGCAGCCCAAUCCCACGGGCAGCACGAAUCCGUUCCGUCAGAGUGCUUUUAUCAACCAGCAGACCGGCCAGGGGUGGCAGGUUGGUGGACAGCACGGCACAAUGGGAGGGUUCGAGCAGUUGGACACGGCGCCGAUAUUCCCUCGACCGGGGAUGACAUGA